CUUACACUCAUUGUAAAAUCACUUUCUCUCUCUUCUCUUCUUCUUCGAGUGUUCACUUUCUCUCUCUAGGCUUACUACUACUGCUACUGUACUUCCUGGAAAACUGUCACCAAAAUCUCCUUCGCCCAGAGACGACACAUUCCUAAAUUCUCGAUUCCCACUUCUUCGUUAGUUAGUUAACUAACGGUUUUUUUCUAUUCGUUUAUUCCCAAUUUACCCUUCUAUCUCCUCCUAAAUUUCAUCUCAAUGUCAUUGAGCUUUUGUCGUGUUAACUGUAACCUUCAGAUCUGAACCAGAGAGUUUUUUUUUGGGAAGAGGUUUUAGUCUGUUAGAAAAUGAUCACUUGGAAGGACCUGUACACCGUCUUAACGGCGGUGGUUCCUCUAUACGUGGCUAUGAUAUUGGCCUAUGGUUCGGUUCGCUGGUGGAAGAUCUUUACGCCGGACCAGUGCUCUGGCAUCAACCGGUUCGUCGCUAUUUUCGCGGUUCCUCUUCUUUCUUUUCACUUCAUCUCCACUAACGAUAUUUACAAGAUGAACUUCCGGUUCAUCGCCGCCGACACUUUACAGAAGAUCAUCAUGCUCUUCGUCCUUGCAAUUUGGACCAAUUUCACCAAAAACGGCAGCUUGGAGUGGAUGAUUACCAUUUUCUCACUCUCUACCUUGCCAAACACUUUGGUCAUGGGGAUUCCGCUCUUGAUAGCUAUGUACAACAAAGAAGCGGGAAGCCUCAUGGUCCAGGUGGUGGUGCUCCAGUGUAUCAUCUGGUACACUCUCCUCCUUUUCCUCUUUGAGUAUCGUGGCGCCAAGAUGCUGAUCAUGGAGCAGUUCCCGGAGACCGCUGCUUCCAUUGUCUCCUUCAAGGUCGAUUCCGACGUCGUCUCACUUGACGGCCGGGAUUUCCUCGAGACCGACGCUGAAAUCGGUGAUGACGGAAAGCUUCACGUGACUGUCAGAAAAUCCAACGCUUCGAGACGGUCACUAGGUCCAUGCUCGCUCCCUGGAAUGACACCUCGGCCAUCGAAUCUCACCGGCGCCGAAAUUUACAGCCUUAGCUCCUCUCGGAAUCCGACUCCGAGAGGCUCGAACUUCAACAACGCUGAUUUCUACUCCAUGAUGGGAGUUCAGGGCUUCCAGGCCCGACAUUCAAAUUUCGGACCCGGUGACAUGUAUUCUGUCCAAUCUUCGCGAGGUCCGACUCCAAGACCAUCCAAUUUCGAGGAGAAUUGCGCUCCAAUGGCGGCUCAGACCACAGCCUCGCCGAGGUUCGGGUUUUACCCUGCCCAAACGGUGCCGUCUGCGUACCCGGCUCCGAACCCGGAAUUUGCCUCCACUGUGGCAAAGAGCACGAAAAACCAAUCGACUCAAGAGAAACCACAACAGCAGCCACAGCAGCCGAGUCAGCAUGGUUCGGCGGCUAAAGCAAACCACGACGCUAAAGAGCUUCACAUGUUCGUUUGGAGCUCGAGUGCUUCUCCGGUCUCCGAAGGUGGUGGGCUCCACGUCUUCGGCGGUACGGAGUUUGGAGCUUCGGAGCAAUCUGGGCGGUCCGAUCAAGGCGCCAAGGAGAUCAGGAUGUUGGUUGCCGAUCAUCCUCAAAAUGGAGAAAACAAAACUGUUCCGGAAAGCGAGGGCUUUGGUGGAGAAGCGUUCAGCUUCGCUGGGAGGAAUGGAGAGGAAGAUGAUGAAUUAAGGGAUCAAAAAGAUAUGGGACCCACCGUGCUGAACAAACUGGGGUCCAGUUCCACGGCUGAGCUACACCCAAAAAUUGCCGGAAACCCAGAUCUCGGCGUCGGAAAGCAAUUGCCUCCGGCGAGUGUUAUGACCCGUCUGAUCCUGAUCAUGGUUUGGAGGAAGCUUAUCCGAAACCCAAACACCUAUUCCAGCCUCAUUGGUCUGAUUUGGUCUCUUAUCUGCUUCCGGUGGAAUGUGAAUAUGCCGGAAAUAAUAAAGGAAUCAAUCUCCAUACUGUCAGACGCAGGUCUUGGAAUGGCUAUGUUCAGCUUAGGUCUCUUUAUGGCACUUCAGCCCAAGAUAAUUGCAUGUGGCAACUCAGUAGCCACCUUUGCCAUGGCUGUUAGAUUUCUUACUGGUCCAGCCGUAAUGGCUGUUGCCUCCAUUGCUGUGGGCCUUCGCGGUACUCUGCUUCACAUAGCUAUAGUUCAGGCUGCGCUUCCACAAGGAAUUGUUCCUUUUGUUUUUGCCAAAGAGUACAAUGUUCAUCCAGCCAUUCUUAGCACUGGGGUGAUAUUUGGAAUGUUGAUAGCAUUACCAAUAACACUUGUCUACUACAUAGUGCUUGGAUUGUAAAAAUGGCAAGUGUUCCGUAGUUAGCCGAGAUACAAAAGCCGAAUGAAGAGUUCUUUUAUUUUUCAUGAAUUGACUAAUAUUGUGUGGCAACAACACUUUGGGGGGCUCAUCAUCUUCAAAAUAGCACACCAAAUUAUCUUCUAAGUGCAUGAGAAUUUUUCGGCACAGGAAGAGGAUCAUAGUACCAAGGAAAUACGCCAAAAUUUGCUGCUUCCAAAAUUUUUGGAGCUCAAUUUGACUAAUUAAUUAGUUGAAGGAAAAAAAAUUAAACAAAUUAAAACAAAUUUUAUAAUCUUCGUUUGCCCCCCACAUUAGGCCAAAACUUGUCUAAUAUUUUUCUAAAGCACGAGGGAGGAUGCCACGUAAGCUAGUUUCCUUUCCAUGUUGCCUACUGGAGACAAGAUGAUAAGAAAACAAGGAAAGAGAAGAUAGUAUAGUCAAUGAUAUGUAAUUCAUUCUCUUCAUUUUGGGUUAGGCAUAUUGUAGUUUUUAAAGUCUUAUUUAUUGUGAAUGAAUUGAAGAAGAAAAAAAGAAGUGAGGAAUAGAAGAAAGAGAGCAAGAUUAUUACUAUAAUUGUUAUUGUUAUUGUUGUUAUUAUUAUUAUUACUAGCUACUAUAUAUGAUUAUUAUUAUUAUUAA